GGUAGACCGGCAGGCGUUCAUUGAUUCGUUCAUUCCAUCAUGGUUCCUCUCUCGCUGUUCUACGUCUUGUUGACGGUCCCUGUGUUGGAUUUCUCUGACGACACAAAGAAUAUCACAGCAAAGACUGGAGAGGACGUCCUUCUUCACUGUCAGGGUCCCAGAGGUGCUGACAUCCCAUUGAUAGUGUGGAGCAGACCUGACCUGGGUUCAGACAAAUAUGUCUUCUCUCGCAAUGGAAACCACACAAAUGGGAACUACCAGCUCCCCUCAUAUAGUGGUCGAGUGACCCUGAGUGAUCCGGAGAUGAAGGAUGGAGACGUUUCUGUUGUUCUGAAGAACGUCAGCGCCAACGACACCGGAACAUAUGAAUGUCUAGUUGGAAUCAAGAAGGGAGAAGAACCUAAAGUCUACAGCACCUUCCAGCUGAAGGUUGAAGAUCCCGCAGCUGAAGACAAGGAAGGAUAUCGCAGACUCGUAGUCGGUCUGUCGGUUGCAGGUGGCCUGAUUGCUCUUUCUAUUGUUUGUUUUAUAAGUUGUUGUAUCAUUCUGAAACGGCGUAACAGGCUCAAAAAGAGUAAUUCAUACAACAAGGUUCCGGCUGAAAGAGCAGACGGGGUCACUGGUCCUUUUGCCCCUGUUGUAUGAUAGUUCAUUUUACAUUAGAUUAUGUAAUUACAUUACAAAUUACAGUACAAUUUGCUUUCCAACAAUGUGACACACCCUGUAGUCCAGUCUCUCAAAACACAACACACACAUGUGGGCCGGUCUCUGUGUAACGGAGAGUUUCUCCUGCCUGUCUCUACGACGUGCAACUACGGACAGCCAAUCACAGACAUGAUUAGAUCUUAUUAGAAGCAUGCUGCGUGCUGAUUGGCUCACUGACGCUGCUGAGAUUCACCCCUUUAGGUAUUAAAACUGGGCAUUGAAUGACGAGGCCAUUUUUCGAUACUUGAUAAGGAGCCAAUUCACUCUGUGCCUAGUAGUAGUAGUAGUAGUAGUAGUAGUAGUAGUAGUAGUAGUAGUAGUAGUAGUAGUAGUAGUUUCAGCAGUUUGACCCCCUCCACAUAGACGGCCGAUAGAAUUACUGAUGUUUGACAAAUAGAGACGUCAUCCCUCCAACAUGAUCGCAGCACUUUACUAUGUUAUUACAAGGCUCUUUGCAGAACAUGGAAGACAAUAUCACAGGCUCCUCCGUACCCACACACACACACACACAUAUAUAUAUAUAUAUAUAUAUAUAUAUAUAUACACACACAUAUU